AUGUCGGCUCGAAACGCCCUUCGUCAAGUCUUCCGCCAUGGUCCACGAGAGAGGGUCAGUGAAGACGCAUUUCCACUUAGCCUGAAGCGAACAUCUGGAACGUCCGCCGGUGUCGAUUCCAACAACAAAUGCGACGCCGUGGUCCCGGAGAAUAAACGAAGCAAAUCACUCACCACACCACUCCCUAAGACACCAGAGCCGUUCGGCCUCGCAGACAUCGUCGAAGAAGCGCAUGUUGGCACGCCAUCAACGAUCGAAACUGCGUCGCUUACAGAGACACUUACUUCACUGGAACUCGAUAUUAGCACAUUCUCGACGCGCGAGCUCGUCUAUGCCACACUUGACGAGGCCAAGAGCACAGCCGAUUCCCACCUCGACACCAUUAGCACCAUGUUAGCGCUACUCGAGGCUCUCGAUGGUUUCAGUGCCACCAUAGCAAAGCUGAAGAACGAGAUUGUGGAAAAGAAGCAAGCAUGUGAAGGGAAGGUGGCAAUGUUGGAGGCUGUUGAACGGGCAAUUGAAGGCAUGGUUUUCCCAGGAGAGCAACAAGAGCAAAACGUGAGACGUGACUAA